CACCGCUGUAAGAAAGCCCUUUAUGAGGUCAUCAUCCCCACUUGCCAUCUCUCCCCAGAUGCAGACAUGCAAGCUUUUAAAAACAGUUGAGAAGCCACCAUGCCUCGCUUUGCAAGCCCUCUUUUAAGAAACGUCAUUAUCAGAAGUCAAUUUGAUGGCAUCAAGAGGAAGCAAUGCCUCCAGUAUCUGAAAACACUGAGAACACUGCAGUAUGAUGGAUUUAAGACUGUAUAUUUUGGGGAAACCAAUAUCUCAGAAAGUCUAGUAACUGGGGAAGAUAUUAGUGAUGGAUAUUUCAUACAAACUCCAACUUGGUGUAUUGUGCACGCUGCGGGUAGUCAAGGAUGGGUGCCUUGGAAAUAUCGGAUGUUCCUAAGAGAUGAGCUGUGUAUCAAACAAGAAGACAGCCUCUUCUCUGAGUUCUGUGAUGUGGUGAGGAAGGCCUAUGGAAAGUGUGUCAUCGUGGUCAAAGAGAGAAGACAGCAGGAAGAGCAGAGGCCAAAGGAAGACAGAGAGGCUGAGGGCCAGUUCUAUAUCCCUACAGUCAUUAACUUAGCAAGCAUUGCGUGUUGCCCAGAGGUGGCUAAGUCCUAUGGCCACGAACUACUCUCUCUGCCUUCCCCUUGUAAUUAUUUGAACCCUUUAGACUCAGCCUGGUCUUCUCUGAAAUGGUUUAUCAUCAAUAACAGGAAAGAGUUUUGUUUGCAGUCCAUUGACAGUGUCUAUUCUUACGAAUGUAUACUUUUCAGCAGUUUAAUUAGCAAAGGAAUUGAAAGGAUAAACCCAAGCAAGUGGAGAACAUUAACUAGCAAAGUACGGAGAUGGGAAAACUACUAUCUUGGGAAAUUUUCCUAAGGGCGAUUCCUCCGACAAGCAGUGAGGCUGCUACAUGUCUGGUCUUUACUGUCAACUCUGUUGAGAUGGAUUCUACACCACUGCAGCCAAAGAUACUUCAACAGCGACCCCACAGGGGUGCUGCGAGAACUUAACUUGUUCCUAAGGAUGUUGGCAAGCACUUUGAGUUUACUAGAAGUUUCACUAAAAUGUAUUGGUAAGAUAGGGGUCUCGACUCUUAUCUUGUGAAGGCUGCUUUGAAGGCUUUGUCAAGGGGAGGAUUAGUCUAACCCAGCCCAAAGGAGGAUGGCGGUAAGCAGGGGUGAGCAGGCUGAUAGGUUGUGUGGUCAAAAUUUAGGUCUGAGAAAAAAAGAGAACCAGUGUGCAGUCAUCCCACAAAAAGCCCAAAUUAAAUAGCGUGCCAACCAGUUUCCACCCACCAAAGUCACCCACAGGCAUCCAGCUUGCCAUGUGUGAGGUAUUGUCCAGAUGGUCACCAAGCAAGACUCCCUCCUGCCGAUUAUCCUUCCUUCCUUGUUGGCAAAGUGGUGGAGGAUGAGUGAGAGGCAUCCGCGGAGGGGAGACUCCAUCCGGACCCUCCAAGGGGAGUAGGUGGUCCCAAUUAGGACCUGGAAAGUUAUGACAGUGGUGGGUUCAAGUGGGCUAUGGUGGGCAAAGGGGUGGCAUGCAUGGGGGUCUGCAGAGACCACUUAUUCAGCCAAUCUCCCCACCAACUCCAAGAAGCCCAGCAGGUCAUUAGACUGUGCUGUGGAGUUUCAUAUCGAAACCCUGUAGCUGAGCCACUUGCAGCUGGGACAACACCCCCCAUGUAGGUUUGGGGCUGCUGCCGAUGUCUGUUGUAAGAAUUUGUCAUUGUCUUUUUCACUUUUAUAGAAAAAGUCUUGAUCUCCAUUAAACAUAUCAUAAAAUUCA